AUGUUCAGACUGUCUGUGACGCCAAUUUCCAAGUUAGCUGGUCUCAAAAGCGCUCUGUUUUAUCAAGUGGCUUCCCUUGUGCAUGCUCGCAACUUCUCUAGAUAUCAACACUGUCUAAAUAACAAUAAGAAUAAUGUCGAUCAAAAACAUUUGGAACAAUUUAAACAGCAAUUGCGAUCUGAGCUAGCUCAGGAGCAAUCCUCUUCUAGAGUUUCACAGGAUCAGAACCCCGAAACAGAGAAGAAGUCCCUUCACACUGCUUUUUAUAGACAGGUAGGAUCACCAUUCGCUAAAGUUGUGGCAUUAACGUUCGUUACCUUCUACUCUCUAAGAUUUUUGUGGGAAUACUUAGAUGCCACUGAUGACGAGACCAUAGGAAAAAAAAGAGCAGAAAAUCUAUCUCACGCUGGAGAAACCAAACAAUAA